AUGUCUCGUAAACAUCUUCGUGAUUCAUUAGCUGAAAUAGGCAUUUUAAUUCCACCCGGCAUCAAAACUGAUGUAUUACGUCUAUUAUAUGAAACUAAUAUUAUCGAAGACCAAAAGAAAAAGAAGAAUAAACUUCCAAUUGCAUCAGGAAUGGCUAAAGCUCAUCAUGAUCGACAUGCUGCUUCUGUUGAUGAUUCUUCGGAUGAUGAUACACAUCUAAUUGAUGAUAUUAAUGUUAAUUAUAACAAAAUGAAUCCAGCUGCUAUACAAGAUGAAGAAGAAGAUCAUAUUAUGGCUCGUAAACAAAAAAUAUCAAAUGAAUUUGCUCAU